AUGUCUGUCAUUCAGGUCGAAGAUCUCGUAUCUUAUCAGCUACGAACAAGCUACCUGAACGAGAUAGCUGAUGGCGUCGGCGAACGACUCAUCACACUAAACGAAGGAUUCCUCAACUCGGCUCCAUUCAAAGCUGCUGGGUGGCGCCCGAACCCCGCUCUCAUCAAGAGAACCCAUUCUCCUCCGAUUCCCACCGCUAUUGCCUCUGAAUACUUCCAAGCACCGAGAUCCGCUGGCCUGACCCUCGAGGAUGAAGCUGAGGAAGCGGGCAUGCUCACCGGGGGCGGGGCUGACACGGUGGGGCCUGGUCUUGCAACAAAGCGCCGGCGACGGCGAGAGCAGAUGGAGGAAGACGAUAGUAGCGAUCUGAGCGACGAGAGCGAGGACGAGACAGAUCAUCGUGCUGCCCAGCAGAUCAAGUUCGCCAAGAUGCCCCUACGAAACCGAUCUGGGUCUUCACCAAUCCAGUCCUCUAACCUGCGGCAAUCGGCUGUCGCGCCCUCGCCCCGAGCAGCCCCGAGGAGAGGCUCCCAGUCUGCGCUUGAAACGGUCAAGGAACGAGCGCGACGCGAUACCGUCACGAGCAGCGAGGUAUCUUCCGACAAUGAGUUCGACGCCUCUGGAUUUCACAAGCAUAGGGAGGCUGCCCGGGCGGCUGCAAGGGCUAUGAAAUUGUCGGCGAGGCUGAAUACGGAGCCCACCAUGGGAUUCAAGAGCCAAGCAAGGGAACUCCUAGAGGAAGAUUCAGAUGCGUCGGACCUAUCGUCUAAUUUCGUGGAGAGUGUCGACUCCACGUCCAUCCUCGAUGCCGUGGACAACCCCAUCAACGCCUCGCCAAGGGCGCAGGUGGUUGGCACGCCGCCACGGGAGUUUACGAGAAGGUCCACCAUCCGCAGGUCUGCAAUGCCAGCUCCGCUACAUAUUUCAGUGGGUGAGUUGCCCCCUCCCCGCCCCAUGAGCACGCUCAGGCCGAUGAGCAUGGUCCAGCCCAGGAGCCUGCUGUCUGCCGCGCUGAGCGCCAAGAAGACCAAACCCGCGAUGCCCUUCGAUAGCUUCGCCUCGCUCUCUGGCCAGGGCGACCCGGAUCCAAUUAGGCUUCGCAUCUACGCUCACAUCUCGGAGAACCAUGCAAAACCAUUCGAGGUUCUCAUUCGUCGCACUGUACAUCAGGGUGAAGGUGGUGACAGGCCGGCGAACGUUGCCGACCUGAUCGGCCUGAGUCUCUGGCGCUAUAACGAGGAGAAGCUAAAACCGGCUCUCCCCAGCGAUAAGCAGAACGUCAAUUGGUGGACCCUACGAAUGGUCGAGGAGGACGGCGAGUUGGAUGAUGACUUCCCGCCAUUGGAACGCAAGAAGCAGCUUACAUCCUUCACUACUGCUAAUAACAGAGCGGGGAGGUCGCGAUCGAAUUCCACAGUCUACGACAGCUUUGCUUUGGUGCAGGCUUCGCCGUCCGAGUUUGCCGAUAACCAGAGGGCAGCGCCACAGUUCCAGCGAGAGGAAGCCGACGAAGAGGCCAAGGACGAGGAAACGACGCCGAGGAGCACGCCGCGGCCAAGUUCUUCACGGCUGCCACCGGGCCAGCCACGGCUGAACCCAGUCAUUACGACGACCUACCGGCAGAACCUGAUACUCGCGGAUAUGCCCCAACUGCAACCGACUGCUUCGGCACAAAACACAAGUCGCGGCCAACAUAAGCUCCUCAGAAUCCACAUCCAUUCCUCAGACGUCGCCCCAGGACAGAUGGUCACGCUAGAUGUGACAACGGAUACAUAUCUAGCCGAAGUGCUGGAUCUCGUCUGCCGGAAAAGGCAACUCGACAAGGCAAACCAUGUCCUUAAGCUCCCGGGCUCCGGCGCCGUCGUACUCCUAGAUCGCGCCGUCUCGUCGAUCGGCAACGUUUCGGACCUAGACUUGCACCGGCGCCGGUUCGCCACCGACGGUCCGCUGACCAUGACCGGGUCGCCCAGCAGCUCUUCGCCGAGGCCUUUCCUCUUCACCGAAAACCAUAGCUUUGGGAAAUCCAAGAAGGGCAAGAUCAUGGGGAUUCACCCGCUAGCGAAGGAGGUUUUAAAACAAGAUGAGCUCGGGGGCAAUGGCAGCUACAGGAAAUAUACCGUCUGGCGCAAACAACCGAUGCGAUUUGUAGGCAUGAAUGAGAGGAUCUUCGCAAUCGAUGGCGAAUACAUCCACAUCAUGCCGGGGUCUGGUGGCAGGAUCCUGGAGGGAGCCGGCAAGACGACAACGGUGCACUUUAGCAACGUUGUUGGGUGCAAGGUCUCGCGAAAGCACCCUACGUAUUUCAAGCUGGUGGUUUACAAGGCGACCGAAAGCAAAAGAUACGACUUUGAGGCAAAGAAUGCCGACGAGGCCUCAGAGAUCGUCGGGGAGCUGAAAAGGGGCAUUUCCCCAUACAGAGACGUUUAG